AGUUUUAAAGGUCAAAGGAGCGCGGGCGGCAAGCCUCCCUGCGGCACCCGGGGGUGGCGUCACCCCCGCCACCCUUAGCGCAAGGGUGCGGAGCGGCAGUGCGGGUGCGCGACGCAGUGGCGCCGUAGUACCGGCGUAUUCCGUCGUCCGUCUCGGCGCCACAGUUUCGCCGCAUGUCUGGGGCCGGCUAGCCGCUAUUCGCAACUGGCUUGCAAUCGACGCGAGCAAAAUGGUGCUCGCCGGCACGGGACUCCCGGACAACGAUCGAAGCGGUUUGGCGAACGGAAAUGUGGCGGCUGGUAUAACCGUGACAAACUUGACUGACGGUGAGACCCUGAGUUAUAGUUUGGCCCUGGUGCGAGGUCGAGCGCCGAUGGGAUGCGGCCGGAUCACGGUGCGCAAUGCGAGGAGCGGAGUUUUGGAGUGGCCGGUAGUCGGUGGUGAGUUCCGGGCGAUAGCAGAGCUCACUAGAGGAGAAAACACCCUGGAGCUCGAGGCCGGGGGGCACAAGCGUCGCUUGGGGCUACGACACGAGCCGCGUACAACGCGGAUGCGAGUGACGCCGGUUUACGUUAUAUGCGCCGGACACAACGGCCAGUUCCAGGGGCCCCAAGGCGAGGAUUGCUCGGUCGAAAGCGCCGCGACGAGGAUCGGUCUUGGGGCCCGUUUGCUGCAGACCCUCACCGCCGAGAAGCUGCGGGAAGCCGGACACGGCCGUAAGACCUUCCAGCUCGAGCGUGACCUGGACGGCGCCGAGUGUCUCGUGAUGCACAGCAUGCUCCACGUGGACAGGGCGCGCGCAAUGACGCAGCGUCACCUCUGGGAGCUCGUUGCUAGGGAACUGAUGACCGGCCCUCUGGCGUCCAAGGACCGUAAGUACCUCGCCUUUCUUUCCUGCACCCGCUACCGCGGCGCCCCGAGUCCCAGGACACACGAGGACACGCUCGCCCGCACCGAAGGUCACGCGGCCCUCGGAGGCGGCGGUCUCGCACUCUUCGGAUCGGCUUGCCUCCACACCUGGCCCACGUGUCUGGGCCAGGUGCUCCCGCGGUUUCUCGACGCGACGGUUGUCGACACCGAGCAGUUCAUGGAUGACAGCAACUACCGCGGCACCCACGCUGGCUGCCUCGCUACCACCCUAGGCUCGGUGCUCCACGAGCUCGGGCACACCUUCGAUCUCGGGCACACACGCGAGGGCAUCAUGGGACGUGGAUUUGACUACGUCGACAGGGUGUUCGUCGGGCGCGCUGGUAUCGACUUGAACCGCAACCCCAUCAGACGCGACCCCCAGCAUACGACCGUCGCCCUUAGCCGACCCCUCAGCGUCACCGUCACCGUUCAGGACGCAUUCGGUGGCGGCAGUCCCCGCAGGGGUCGCCUUCUGUCCGAGACCUCCAGGCCCUCGCCUUCCCACAGUCCCCGGUUAAACCCCACACCCGGGAGGCUCUCCGCCCCCGCAAGUCCCGAGUUGAACAGAUCCCUGUCACGGAGUCUCACAGCGUCCGAACCACCGCCGCAACCCGACAGAACAUUUUGGGGACCAUCCUGCGCCACUCUCUUGGCUUACCAUCGCUGGUUCAACGAGGAAGUUGACAACUUACCUAACAGGGGAAUGGACAUCAGAUACGACGCAAAGAGAAAUGUGGUGCGGUCGAGAUGCGGCGUUCGGAUGAUGGAGCUCAGAGAAUCCGCGGGCGAGAUGGUCGUCGGAUCUCGACAAUUUCCGGGGCCCCGCCCCCCCAUCGAAGCCCUGGUUCCGCCGCCCCCGCCGCAUUGCCUCGUCCCGCUGACACUCGUCGCUGAAGACUCAGCCGGUAACAUUCUAAAAUACCCCAUGCCCACGGCCUUUUAGAAUUUAUAAUCUAUAGCCCGCGCCUUCCACUACACGUUUCUAGUCUUGAAAAUAAUUUGGAAUACUAUAUAAUUUUAAGAAUAAUAGGUGAGAGUAGCUUUGCAUUCACUUCAUCUUUCCAUACUCGCGUAACAUCUACAUACCUAAUGUUAUUACGGAAAUUUGUCGCCUUAAGGCUAGAUCAGGUACUUAACACAGCUGAUGUGUACUUCUUCAUACGUGGAUUAAUCACUAAGCCGCAGUAGAAAGAUGUGUUGUGUAGUCAGUAUUAAUCGAGGUAAGGAACAGAGGUCAUAUACAUAGGUAUAAAGUCGGUCGUACGAUAACUACUCGGUUUUUCAUCUUCAAGUGUAUUAAAGAUUUGAUUCGUCGAAUCGGAAGACGGAAUUACCUGUGAAAAAUAGUUUUACCAAACGGUCACUAAUUUCAUUUUAUCAAUUUCUUUCCUAUUUAAUAUUAUUUCGGAAAGCUGAAUAAAAUUUAACCCAUCCGUUUGUCAAUAUAGCAUCCAUACCCAUAAGUAUUUAUUCACUCUUCGGACAGACGACCAGAAAUUUUAGUACAGGAAAAAGUUCGCGAUAAUGAUAAAUAAUAUCUAAUACUCACGUAAUAUUUUACAGGUAUUAUAAUAUAUCUACAAGGUUGAAUUAAUUUAAUAAAUAUAGUUAGCUAUCUAUUACCAAUAUUUCCUAAUAUAUAAAAUAUUUUAAUACGCAUACGUAUAAACGCUUGCCGCGCAGCGUCUUAUAAUCUCGAAUCGUGAUUAUACCUAUAGUGACUAUUUACACAUAUAUGUAAAAUGAUAUUAUAUUAUACUGAUAUACCAAAUCAGCGUGACUAAGUAAUGGGAUUGUAAGAUGGAAAUAUUUUUAACUAAAUGCCACGCUGCUGUAGUGUGCCUCCUGAUACUUAGGAUUAUACUUCAAUCUUCCGAAAUUUCGCGGUUGUAUUAUUAAGAAUUAUAACAAUCUCCGCGUUGAUGGGAAAAUGAAUUUUUAUUUA